AACAACUCUCCAGAGUUUCAAGAACUGAACAGACCACAUGAAGCUAAUCUGGUAAUGAUAAUGACCCGUUUCUGGCAAAACUCGGAAAACGAUGAAGAUCCCAAAAGCCCCAGUAGCGGUGGUGGAGGAACGGGCAUGAGAAUAAUAGUGCCCUUGCAGGGGGUAGUUCAAGGUAGUGGUGGCCUUGUUCUUGGGUCAGUUAUCCCUUGCGCUCUCUUUUACUGUUUGCAGCUUUACCUCCGAAGGAAUCGUUCCGUUUCUCCUCCACCUUCGUCGUCUCCGUCUACGUCCCCGUCUUCUCCGUCGUCGGCCCCUCCUUCCCGGUCUCCGUCUUCGGGACAGCUUGUGGAGGCUUCUGAGUUACAAAGGUCUCCCUCCAAUCUCUUUUCGAGGUUAUCGACUGGCCAGGGUUAUAUAUCUUCUCGAGCUAAUUUGCUUACGAAAUCUGCUGAUGCUCCCUACUAUGCGGGACCUAAGAAGGUUACCGAGGAUCCGUAUGACGCUUUGAAUAAUCCAGAUGGUGUUAUUCAGCUCGGAUUGGGGGAGAAUAGGUUGUCGUUGGAUUUGGUUCGAGAUUGGCUGGCUGAGCAUGUGAAGGAUUCGAUAAUGGGUGCAGAGGGAGGUGGGGAUUUGAGUAUUCAUGGAAUUGCCACUUAUCAGACGUUUGAUGGAUUGAUGGAAUUGAAAGUGGCUGUGGCAGGAUUCAUGUCCCAAGUCAUGGAAGGAUCGGUUACAUUUAACCCAUUGCAGAUUGUAUUAACAUCUGGUGCAGCUCCUGCACUCGAGAUACUCAGCUUCUGCCUGGCUGAUGCUGGAAAUGCAUUUCUUGUUCCCUCACCAUAUUACCCAGGGUUUGACAGAUAUAUAAAAUCACGAACUGGGGUUGAGCUGAUACCUGUCCCUUGUCGCAGCACUGAUAAUUUUAGUUUCAGUAUCACUGCUCUGGACCGUGCAUUCAACCAGGCAAAGAAAAGGGGGCUAAAAGUCCGUGGAGUUCUUAUUUCAAACCCCUCAAAUCCUGUUGGCAAUCUGAUGAGUUGGGAAACCCUGUACAGCCUUCUGGACUUUGCUAGAGAAAAGAAUAUCCACAUCAUCUCCGAUGAAAUAUUUGCAGGUUCCACCCAUGGAGAUCAAGAAUUUGUGAGCAUAGCCAGGGUUCUUGAUUCAGUAGGCUUCGAUAGGAGCAGGAUUCAUAUAGUAUAUGGGCUAUCCAAAGAUCUCUCCCUUCCUGGCUUUAGAGUGGGGGUUAUUUAUUCCUGCAAUGACAGUGUUCUUGCUGCAGCGAAAAAGUUAUCAAGGUUCUCUUCCAUUUCGGCUCCCACUCAACGUCUAUUGGUCUCGAUGCUUUCAGACACAAGAUUUAUCCAGGAUUAUAUUGAGACCAAUAGGAAGAGGAUUCGGACAAUGUACUUGGCAUUCGUGGAAGGGUUGAAGCAGUUGGGGAUCGAGUGCAUGCAGAGCAGUGGGGGCUUCUACUGUUGGGUAAAUAUGAGUGAGUUAAUAAGAUCUUACAGUGAGAAAGGGGAGCUCGAGCUGUGGUAUAAGCUUUUGAAUAUAGCUAAGAUCAAUGUAACACCUGGAUCAUCUUGCCAUUGCAUCGAACCUGGAUGGUUCCGCUGUUGUUUUACUACAUUAACUGAAAAGGAUAUUCCUGUAGUUAUGGAACGGAUUCGGAAAGUCUCUGAAACCUGCAAGAAGUCGUAGUCGAAAUGCUUUUGGUCCAAA